GCGGCGCGGCGCAGGGCGGUAAACAAGAUGGCGGCGGCGUGUCGGGCGCGGAAGGGGGAGGCGGCCCGGGGCGCCCGCGAGUGAGGCGCGGGCCGGGAGGGCGGCGCCGGCGGCCCCGCGGGCGGCCUUGCAUGGGCUGGGCCCCCCUCGCCGCCCCGCCUCCUGCUCUCGCGCGGCGGCCGCGGCGAGGGGGACGCGCCGCCCGGGCCUCGUCAGCCUUGGGAAGCCCCCGGCCCGGAGCCUGCGGCCUGCGCCGCCCCGGCCGCCCGGAGCCCGCGGGCCGGACGCCCAGCGCGCGCGGCGGGGAGCGCCACCGCGCCGCCGUCGGAGGGAGGGCGCCGCGAGGACGUCCGCGCGGGCCGGGCAUGGACGGCGCGGACGGGCCCCGGAGCGGCCGCCUGGGCGCCUGACCGCGGGCCGGAGCGCCUGGACGAUGACCUAGCGCCCCGCACCGGCCCGCCUCGCCAGGGCCCGCGGACCGCCGCCUCGCCCCGCCGCCCGCCCUCGGGCCCGCGGGCGCAGCGCGGACCGACCGGUGGACAGCCGCCCCGGCGCCAGAAGAGCUCCCGUGGAUUGUGGUGGGGUGGGGGGUGGGGGGCUUCGCUGCCUUUUCCUUUUUUCUUGUUGAACGUUUGGAGGAGGGAAGUGGGGGCCGGAGAAGAGCCGCCCACAGAGGGGACAAGGGGGACCAGGGCUCCCCGGCGCCGGGUCCAGGAUGGACGUGGCGGACCCGCAGCAGCUGGGCAUGUUCACGGAGGGCGAGCUGAUGUCCGUGGGCAUGGACACCUUCAUCCACCGCAUCGACUCCACUGAGGUCAUCUACCAGCCCCGCCGCAAGCGGGCCAAGCUCAUCGGCAAGUACCUGAUGGGGGACCUGCUGGGGGAGGGCUCCUACGGCAAGGUGAAGGAGGUGCUGGACUCGGAGACCCUGUGCCGGAGGGCCGUCAAGAUCCUCAAGAAGAAGAAGUUGCGGCGGAUCCCCAACGGGGAGGCCAACGUGAAGAAGGAGAUCCAGCUCCUGAGGCGGCUCCGGCACAGAAAUGUCAUCCAGCUGGUGGAUGUGCUCUACAACGAAGAGAAGCAAAAGAUGUAUAUGGUGAUGGAGUACUGCGUGUGUGGCAUGCAGGAGAUGCUGGACAGCGUGCCUGAGAAGAGAUUCCCUGUGAGCCAGGCCCACGGGUACUUCUGCCAGCUCAUCGAUGGCUUAGAGUACCUGCACAGCCAGGGCAUCGUGCACAAGGAUAUCAAACCCGGCAACCUGCUGCUCACCACCAGCGGCACACUCAAGAUCUCUGACCUGGGCGUGGCCGAGGCCCUGCACCCAUUUGCUGCGGAUGACACCUGCCGGACAAGCCAGGGCUCCCCAGCAUUCCAGCCGCCUGAGAUCGCCAAUGGCCUGGACACCUUCUCUGGCUUCAAGGUGGACAUCUGGUCUGCUGGGGUCACGCUCUACAACAUCACAACGGGCCUGUACCCAUUUGAAGGGGACAACAUCUACAAGCUGUUCGAGAACAUUGGGAAGGGGGACUACACGAUCCCGGGUGACUGUGGCCCCCCGCUCUCUGACCUGCUCAAAGGGAUGCUGGAGUACGAGCCCACCAAGAGGUUCUCCAUACGGCAGAUCCGGCAGCACAGCUGGUUCCGGAAAAAGCAUCCACUGGCAGAGGCCUUGGUGCCCAUCCCGCCUAGCCCGGACACCAAGGACCGCUGGCGCAGCAUGACCGUAGUGCCCUAUCUGGAGGACCUGCAUGGCCGAACUGAUGAAGAUGAGGAUGAGGACCUCUUCGACAUUGAGGAUGGCAUUAUCUACACCCAGGACUUUACAGUGCCUGGUGACGAGGAGGCGUCUGAGGCAGGGCUUAGCGAGGAGAGAGGCGUGCGGAAGAGCCAGGGUGCAGACCCCUUUGGAGAGAAGGCCCAGGAGGCUGGCACUGCGGUGGCCCCCGAGGAGGAGCUUGAGGCCUUAGUGUAGCCUGCUCCACACCGCCACCCUCGCCAAUCCCCCUAGUCCUCCUGAGUUUGUCCUGACAUAAAGCUUUGCCCGGCCAUGUGUCUGCAGGUGGAUGCUUGCUGUGGCCUGGGUCCUCUCGUCCGAGGUCCCAUGGGGCUGCUGCCUCCAGGCUGUUUCAGAAAGAGUUGGUAUACAAGGGGCCGGAGGCAAGCGUGGAAGCCAGGGCAAGAACUGCGAAGCCAGGUCCCUGAAGCAUGGGAUGCCCACUGGCCAGAGGAGGGUCCCUGGGGGAGCCCUGGGCGAGUCCUGGGCGAGUCCUGGUAUGCCCCUCCCCUCAAGCCAGUCCCAGUGCUCAGCUUGGAGUAGCCAGGCUCCAGGCAGCUGACCCUCAGAUCUGAGGACAAAGGGGCAUGCGCAGCUAAGAGCCCUGCACCUUAGUUGGGGAUGGUGUCCUGGAGGCAUCUCUCUGGGGUAUUCAGGUCCACGCUGCCUCCUCCCAGCUACUGGAUGUCAUUCACUUCCUUGAGGCCCGGGCUGUCCCAGGGGGAG